AUGAACCUUAUGCCAGUGCUGACCCUCCUGGGUGUCACCACUCUGCUACCCGGUGUACCAGCUCUGAGAUGCCAAAGCAGCAGAAUAGAGGCUGUGCGCAAUGCCUCAGAGCUGCCCCUUGAGUGGAACACCGGCGAGGAAACUUGUGAGGUUGGUGACGGUUGCCAAGACCUGGUGAUGCUUCUGGAGAAUGGACCCCAAAUAAACUUGUUGAUCAGCAAGGGCUGUGUUAAGAUUGAGGACCAAGAGCCCCAGGUUACCUGGCUCAGGACCGGUCCUGGACUCUCUAUAGUCUCCUACAUCCGUGUGUGCCGCCAUAGUGACUUCUGCAAUGAUGUGUCCAGCACUAAAGUUCUUGGAGACCUGCCCACACCCACAGUCCCAGGGACCCUGAGCUGCCCACUGUGCCUUUCCGAAGAUGGUUGUGAGAACGCACCCAUGCAGGUCUGCCCAGCAGACAGCACACACUGCUACAACGGAGUCCUCAGGCUCAGGGGAGACAACAUAAUCACCAAUCUGAAGGUGCAGGGCUGCAUGCCCCAGCCAGACUGCAACCUGCUCAAUGGCACCAAGGCCAUCGGGACCUUGGAUAUGAGUGAGAAGUGUGGUCUUCAGUUGGGUCCACAGGCUCUGGACUGCAACAGUGUGGCCUUAGACACUGUAUGGAAUGUAUCAGAGCUGCACCUGAGCUGGACAACUGGCUGGAAAAUCUGUGAGGCGGGCCAGGGGUGCCUUGAAACAUUGAUGCUAAUACAGAAUGGACAAGAAUUUCACAUGGUUCUCAGUAAGGGAUGUACUAGUGCUGCAAACAGAGAGGCUCAAAUCACCAGGCACAGGACAGGCCCUGGAAUCUCUAUCAUCACGUAUGUCCAUGUGUGCCGCCACAGGGACUUCUGUAACGACCUGUCUACAACUGAAAAUCUUUGGACUCCACCCCCUGACACAGUCCCAGGGACCCUGAGCUGCCCACACUGCCUGUCAACACGUGGCUGUGAACACGCACCUGAACAGGUCUGCCCUGCAGGCAGCACACACUGCUACAGUGGAGUCCUCAGACUCAGGGGAGGGGGCAUAACCACCAAUCUGAGGGUGCAGGGCUGCAUGCCAGAGUCAGGCUGCAACCUGUUUGAUGGCACCAAGGUCAUCGGACCCAUAAGAGUGAGUGAGAAUUGCGGGCCCCAGUCAGGCGCUCAGGCCCUAGAAUGCAGGAGUGGGAAAGCUGAAGCCCUAAUGAAAGUGUCGUCGCUGCCCCUGGGAUGGACAACCAGCUGGGAGACCUGUAAAAUCGGCGAGGGGUGCCAGGAAACAGUCUUACUCAUAGUGAAUGGACCCAAUGUGAACUUGGUGUUCACCAAAGGCUGCACAGCAGACGAAGACCACAAGCCCCGCAUCACCCGGCACAGAACAGGCCCCGGCGUCUCCAUUAUCUCUUAUACCCACGUGUGCCGCCACUGGGACUUCUGCAAUGACCUGUCCUCCACCCAUCCACUCUGGAUCCCACCACCUGUCACAGGUCCAGGGUCCCUGCGUUGCCCAUUGUGCCUUUCCAAAGAUGGCUGUCCAAAGAAUGCCCCCGAACAGGUCUGCCCUGCAGGCAGCUUGCACUGUUACAAUGGAGUCCUCAGCCUCAGGGGAGAAGGGCUCAUCUCCGAGCUGAAGGUGCAGGGCUGCAUGUCCCAGCCAGGCUGUGACCUGCUCAACGGCACCCAGACAAUUGGACCCAUAGAUGUGCGUGAGGACUGCGGUCCUCAGUUAGGUGCUCUGACGUGUUACAAGGGGAUCAUGUUGAGGCGUGGCACUGGCUUUGCUAAGGAAGCUGUCGAGUGCAGCGUCGAGUGGUCUGCUGUGUCGACCAAAGUGUGUGAACCUAAGGAGUUAUGUCAGGAGACACUCCUCCUCAUAGACGUAGGACCAAGGACACUCCUACUAGGGAGCAAAGGUUGCUCCGGGCGUGGAGCAGAGGACAACGGUAGUAUCUCCAUAUACUCCCAGCCCCCUGGAAUGGUGGUAGCUUCCUACACACGCUUCUGUUCCUCCAACCUGUGCAAUGAAGCCAACAGCAGCAGCGUCCUGCUGAACUCCCUCCCUCGUCCAAAUGUCCCUCCCCCUGGAGACCUGCAGUGUCCGGCGUGUGUAGAGUUGUCUGCAUCCUGCUUUCAGAGCACCAACUUUGUCACCUGCCCUCAGGGGACCACUCGCUGUUAUAAAGGGGACCUUGAGCUCCAGGGAGGUGGAGUGUCUUCCACACUGAGCCUUCAGGGAUGCAUGUCCUCACCUAACAAAACUUUACUGGGUGGCUCUAGAACAAUCGGGAUCUUCUCCACAAAAGAACUCUUUGAGGAUGAAGAAAAUGAUCAAAAGCCUCUGGAUGGAGGUGUCUCAGCCUCUUCCCUGGCUUGGGUGUUAGGGCUGGGGCUCUUCUUAACCCUUUGUUUGUAGGGCUUUGUCCUCUCUGCUGAACCCAUUUCCCUGCAAUCCUUAAUCCCUGUUGGCCACCCAUACCCAGCCCUCCUCUGACGUCAUAACCUAAGACCUUACACUUGGAACCUUCU